AUGUUAGAGAAUGGAGUGGGUAAUAGUGAUGAUGGUUAUGUGGUCUUGUCAAAUAUUUUUGAUCACAUCACUAUAUUAAUGUGUGUACUGAAAUUUAAUUUUAUUGACAAAAAGUCAUUGAAAAAAAAACUAAAAGAACUGGUCAUAAAAAAUUAUCUUACAAUUUUAUUUGAUAAUACACACAAAAUUUACAAUUUGAAUAAUGAACAUAUCUGGAAUGCAAUUAAUAAAAAUAUACACACAAAUAAAUAUGUCAAUGAAAUAUUGGCAAUACGACGAGAUACAUACUACACAACAGCCGUAUUCUACAAUCUGCCAUCCACUUUCAAUCCCAAACCAAAAAUAAAUAUCCAAAAUCAAAUUAAUAAAAAUAAUAUAUUUAACAGCUUUCAAAAAAAAAUUAUAUUCAUACAACAAUUCAUCGACAGCAUAUUAACCACACAUUUCACACAAAUCACAAAAAACAAUGUAGAAGAGAAUUAUGUCAAGGAAGUAAAACAUUAUAAAAACAAUUUAAAAAAUCUGCUGCAGGUUUUGCCGAAAAAAAAAAAUACAACAUCUCAUACGACAGAAGAAAUCCUAGAAUUAAUCAAAAACAACCAAAUAAUAGAAUCGAUACAUUACAGGCCUCCACAGACGCCAAUAGUAAUAACAAAAUUCUCUGAGUCCAAACUAAAAUAUUAUUCUGAAUGUUCAAACCUAAAAAAAUUUAAGGAUUUAUACUAUCCAAAAUAA